AUGUUGAAUGAUGGGCUUCAACUAUCUCACCAUUCAACAGAAACAACAUCCUGUGUCCUCGCAUUAUGCAAUACAGAAUUCUCAGACAAUUGUUUUCUUGGCGUAGGAAGCAAUUUGGGCGGAAUUGAUUUAGUUAAUCUCGAAACUCGCGAAUUAUUAGCAUCAUACACAGAAGUUCAUGAAAACAAUGUUAUGGGUAUUGAUUUUAUGUCCCCAUUUGUACUUCUUUCCUAUGAUAAAUCAAAACUUGUGAAAACAGAUACAGUAACAAGCGGUCGUCGAACAUUAUUCGAGCCACUAGAAACUAUAUAUUCAGGAACGAUAUCACUACAUGCAACAAAUACAAUAAUAUCCUCCGAAUCCGGAAUUUAUCUCAUUGAUGAUCGUACAGAACCAACAAAACUCAAUAACUCUAUAGAUAUCACAGAAUUAGCAUUCUCAUAUGAUAACACAACUCUAUUUACAUCCCAAUACGGACAACUUGGCUGUUUAGAUAUUAGAAAACCAGAACACAUACAAACCUGUAAACUUCCUGUAGGCGUUUCCAGCAUGGCAUGCAAUGAAAAUCAUCUUGCCAUUAUAUCAAAAGAUUCAAUUUUAUACACAUUUGAUUUACCUUUAAAUCCAUUAUCAUUUCGCGAACAUAUACCAAUUCUCAACACUCUUCCCGCACGUCCAACCUUCUACAAUGGCCUUGUUGUUGCCGCAGAUGGCUGUGGAAGCAUUUUUGUCGUUGAUCCAAAUUCACAAGACGAAAACUACUCAUUAUCAGUUGAACUUGCAACACCAGCUGUUUCUGUUGCCGCAAAUAGCAGUUGCAUUGCUGUUUCCCUUGAAGACGACAUUUAUGUUUAUUCGCAUUUUGAUUUCGAACCAAAUUUAGUCAGAGCACAGUUUGUGAACGAAACAGAGGAAGAGGAAGAAGCGCACGAAGCAUGGCUGACACAAGUAGACACAAUAAAGGCAGAAGAAGGUGAUUGCACCUAUGAAAAAUAUGGUUAUUGCGACCAAUUGGUUUAUGUUUGUAGAGAUUGUAUAAAAAGUGACAAACCGUUUGGAAUUUGUGAGCAAUGUGCCAAGAUAUGUCAUCAAGGUCAUGAUGUUCGUCCUAUAGGUGUAAGAAGACGUUUCAGAUGUGAUUGUGGAAACGACAGAUCCCAUAGACCAUGUAGUGCGAUGAUGAAAGCGAAAACAUGUGAAAAUCCACAUAAUUCAUAUGGCCACAACUUCUUUGAUAGAUGGUGUACGUGUGAUGGACCAGAUACAGGGGGUAUGGUACAGUGUAUUGUUUGUAGUGAUUGGUUCCAUGUACCUUGUAUUGGUUUGUUUCCGAGAGAUUGUCCAAUUAAAUUGGAUGACGUUGAUUGUCUGGAUGAUUGGACAUUUGUUUGCAAGAAAUGUCUGGAAACACGUGUAACAUUUCUUGAAAAAUUUCCAGAUCAUGAUCCACCUGAUCUUUUUAUUGAUUUUGUUCAUGAAUCAUCUGUUGAACACCAAUUCCAACAUCGAAAUAAAGACAAUUAUCAUGGAAUUGGUUUCACAAUUUUUGGAGGUAGAUGGAUGCCUCCAAACAGUUUAUUGUCAUUUAAGAAUGAACCAGAGAUUAUUAAAGAAUUUAGUCCACUUGAUACAACAGAAGAAGACAAAAAUCUUCCUAAAGCAAGUGGACAGGAUGAAUAUGUAAAUGCAAUGCGUGAAUUGUAUUCUAAUGUCUUUGAACGUGCAAUGCACUCAGGAAGAACAGUUGCACAGGCAUCUGAUGUUCAUGCUGCAGUUAAUAAGUCUGUGUCUGACAUGUUCCAUCGAAGAUUUCAUGACCAAGAAGAUAUGUAA